AUGGACGGUAUAGAACCUCCAUUUGGCAAUGUAGCCGUAGAACCGAUGGACACUAGUGAGAUCCCAACACCAGCGCCAACUGCUGCACAACUUUUAGAAGAAAAGGCGAGAAAAUGGAAGCAACUACAGUCAAAAAGAUAUGCGGAAAAGAGGAAAUUUGGAGUCGCAGACACUCAGAAGGAAGAAAUGCCUCCAGAGCAUGUUCGUAAGAUCAUUCGUGACCACGGUGAUAUGACAUCAAGAAAGUUCCGACAUGAUAAGCGAGUUUACCUCGGAGCGCUUAAGUAUAUGCCACAUGCUGUGUUAAAGUUGUUGGAAAACAUGCCUAUGCCAUGGGAACAGAUCAGAGAUGUCAAGGUGUUAUACCAUAUUACUGGUGCAAUCACAUUUGUUAACGAGACUCCCCGAGUGAUUGAACCGGUCUACUUAGCCCAAUGGGGUACGAUGUGGAUUAUGAUGAGGAGAGAAAAGCGAGAUCGUCGGCACUUUAAGCGAAUGCGAUUCCCGCCUUUCGAUGACGAAGAGCCACCUCUUGACUAUGCGGAUAAUAUUCUCGAUGUAGAACCUCUAGAACCUAUCCAAAUGGAUCUAGAUCCUGAGGAAGACACUACCGUGAACGAAUGGUUCUAUGAUCACAAACCGCUAGCUGCAACUAGAUUUGUUAACGGACCAACGUACAGACGAUGGGCGUUUAGUAUUCCAAUAAUGGCGACCUUGUAUCGUCUCGCAAAUCAACUUCUCACUGAUCUUACUGACGAUAAUUACUACUAUUUGUUCGAUUUGAAGUCGUUCUUCACUGCUAAAGCACUAAAUGUCGCAAUCCCCGGAGGUCCAAAGUUUGAACCGUUGAUUAAAGACAUCAAUCUUGACGAGGAUUGGAACGAAUUCAACGACAUCAAUAAGGUUAUUAUUAGAGCACCGAUCAGAACGGAAUAUCGUAUCGCGUUCCCGUAUAUGUAUAAUAACCUAGUGAAUGCACUACCUGUGCAAGUAUCAUGGUACCAUACUCCAUCGGUUGUGUUCAUUAAGACCGAAGAUCCAGAUCUUCCGGCAUUCUACUUCGAUCCGCUGAUCAAUCCUAUAGCGAUAAGUGGAUUAGAGAAGACCGUUGAAAAUCUCCCUGAUGACGAAGAAAUGGAAGAGUUUGAAUUGCCAGAAGAAGUUGCUCCAAUUUUCGAGGAGGUUCCGCUGUACACGGACAAUACCGGUAAUGGCAUUGCUUUGCUGUGGGCUCCACGUCCUUUCAAUAUUCGUUCCGGAAGAACGAGAAGAACAAUUGACGUACCAUUAGUGAAGACCUGGUACAGAGAACAUUGCCCAGCGGGAAUGCCUGUGAAGGUUCGCGUGUCUUAUCAGAAACUUCUAAAGGUGUUCGUGUUGAAUGCUUUGAAGCAUCGUCCGCCGAAACCACAGAAGAGAAGAUAUCUGUUCCGAUCCUUCAAGUCCACGAAAUUCUUCCAGACGACGACACUCGAUUGGGUGGAAGCUGGCUUGCAGGUCCUUCGACAAGGUUAUAAUAUGUUGAAUUUAUUGAUCCAUCGUAAGAACCUUAACUAUCUCCAUCUGGAUUACAAUUUCAACUUGAAGCCUGUAAAAACGCUCACAACAAAAGAACGUAAAAAGUCUCGUUUCGGUAAUGCUUUCCAUUUAUGCCGCGAGAUUCUGAGGCUUACAAAGUUGGUUGUGGACGCUCAUGUUCAGUACAGGCUCAACAACGUGGACGCAUAUCAACUGGCAGAUGGUUUGCAGUACAUCUUUGCGCACGUUGGACAGCUUACUGGAAUGUACCGUUACAAGUACAAGUUAAUGCGACAGGUUCGAAUGUGCAAAGAUCUCAAACAUAUCAUCUACUAUCGCUUCAACACUGGAGCUGUUGGAAAGGGACCAGGUUGUGGUUUCUGGGCACCUGGAUGGCGUGUUUGGUUAUUCUUCCUGAGAGGAAUCACGCCGCUGCUUGAGAGAUGGCUUGGGAACUUGCUAUCCAGGCAAUUCGAAGGCCGUCAUUCAAAGGGAGUGGCAAAAACUGUCACUAAGCAGAGGGUCGAAUCACACUUUGACUUAGAGUUGAGAGCUGCAGUAAUGCACGACAUUCUUGACAUGAUGCCAGAGGGUAUCAAGCAGAACAAGGCUCGUGUCAUUCUCCAACAUCUCAGCGAAGCUUGGAGAUGCUGGAAGGCCAACAUUCCCUGGAAAGUUCCUGGAUUGCCAACUCCUGUAGAGAAUAUGAUUCUCCGAUACGUGAAGGCUAAAGCAGAUUGGUGGACAAAUUCCGCUCACUACAAUAGAGAACGUGUGCGCCGUGGUGCGACUGUCGACAAGACUGUCUGUAAGAAAAAUUUGGGGCGGCUGACAAGAUUGUACUUGAAGGCAGAGCAAGAACGACAACAUAACUACCUAAAGGACGGUCCAUAUAUUUCCGCCGAAGAAGCUGUUGCUAUUUACACCACAACCGUUCACUGGCUGGAGUCCAGGAGAUUCUCUCCAAUCCCAUUCCCUCCAUUGUCAUACAAACACGACACAAAACUGUUGAUCCUGGCUUUGGAAAGACUGAAAGAAGCGUACAGCGUCAAGAAUCGCCUUAACCAGUCUCAAAGAGAAGAGUUGGCUCUGAUCGAGCAGGCCUACGAUAACCCCCAUGAAGCUUUGUCACGUAUCAAGCGUCACAUGCUUACGCAAAGGGCUUUCAAGGAAGUCGGUAUUGAAUUCAUGGAUUUGUACACUCAUCUGAUACCUGUAUACGAUAUUGAGCCGCUUGAGAAAGUAACAGAUGCUUAUUUGGAUCAGUACCUAUGGUACGAGGCAGAUAAGAGAAGGCUGUUCCCAUCGUGGGUGAAACCAGGUGACACUGAGCCACCUCCACUGUUGGUGUACAAGUGGUGCCAAGGAAUCAACAAUCUUCAAGAUGUGUGGGAGACUGGAGAAGGAGAGUGCAACGUAAUGAUGGAGGCAAAACUUGAAAAAGUAGCUGAAAAGAUGGACUUGACACUACUGAAUAGAUUGUUGAGAUUGAUUGUGGAUCACAAUAUUGCUGACUACAUGUCCUCGAAGAACAACGUUCUGAUAAACUAUAAGGAUAUGAACCACACGAACUCCUUCGGAAUCAUCAGAGGGCUUCAGUUUGCGUCCUUCAUUGUGCAGUACUACGGAUUGGUUCUGGAUCUUUUGAUCCUUGGUUUGCGACGAGCAUCUGAGAUCGCUGGUCCACCGCAGUGUCCUAAUGAGUUCUUAACUUUCCAGGAUAUCGCCACCGAGACAGCACAUCCGAUUCGUCUCUACUGUAGAUACAUCGAUCGAGUGUGGAUAAUGUUCAGGUUCACUGCGGACGAGGCACGUGAUCUGAUCCAGCGUUAUCUCACAGAGCACCCUGAUCCAAAUAAUGAGAAUAUCGUAGGCUACAACAACAAGAAAUGCUGGCCUAGAGAUGCUAGAAUGCGUCUGAUGAAGCACGACGUGAAUCUAGGAAGAGCUGUGUUUUGGGACAUAAAGAACCGUCUACCUCGAUCAGUAACAACUAUCGAAUGGGAGAAUGCUUUUGUAUCGGUGUACAGUAAGGAUAAUCCGAAUCUGUUGUUUGAUAUGGCUGGAUUUGAAUGCCGUAUUUUGCCGAAGUGCCGUACGACUGCUGAAGAGAUUACGCAUAGAGAUGGAGUUUGGAACCUCCAGAAUGAGGUCACGAAGGAGCGUACUGCCCAAUGCUUCCUGAAGGUUGACGAUGAAUCUAUGUCGAAAUUCCACAACAGAAUUCGUCAAAUCCUUAUGUCAUCUGGAUCAACAACGUUCACAAAGAUUGUCAACAAAUGGAACACAGCGCUGAUUGGUCUCAUGACGUACUAUCGAGAAGCGGUUGUAAAUACCCAGGAGCUCCUAGAUCUCCUAGUCAAGUGCGAGAAUAAGAUUCAGACACGUAUUAAGAUCGGUUUGAACUCUAAAAUGCCGGCUAGAUUCCCUCCUGUUGUGUUCUACACUCCUAAGGAAAUUGGAGGAUUGGGUAUGCUUUCCAUGGGACACGUUCUUAUUCCUCAAAGUGAUCUUCGUUGGAUGCAGCAAACUGAUGCCGGUGGUAUCACUCACUUCCGAUCAGGAAUGACACACGAUGAAGAUCAGCUUAUUCCUAACUUGUACAGAUACAUUCAACCAUGGGAGGCUGAGUUCAUAGACUCACAACGUGUGUGGGCUGAAUAUGCUCUCAAACGGCAGGAAGCGAAUGCGCAAAAUCGUCGUCUAACCUUAGAAGACCUCGAUGACUCCUGGGAUAGAGGAAUUCCUCGUAUUAACACCCUGUUCCAAAAAGAUCGUCAUACUUUGGCAUAUGAUAAAGGAUGGCGUGUUAGGACGGAAUUCAAAGCUUAUCAGAUUCUGAAGCAGAACCCGUUCUGGUGGACUCAUCAACGGCACGAUGGUAAGCUCUGGAACCUGAACAACUAUCGUACUGACAUGAUUCAGGCACUUGGAGGAGUUGAAGGAAUUCUGGAGCACACACUAUUUAGAGGAACAUACUUCCCCACCUGGGAAGGUCUGUUCUGGGAGCGUGCAUCCGGAUUCGAAGAGUCUAUGAAAUUCAAGAAGUUGACUAAUGCUCAGCGAUCUGGUUUGAAUCAAAUUCCUAACCGUCGUUUCACUUUAUGGUGGUCUCCUACCAUUAAUCGAGCUAACGUGUACGUCGGUUUCCAAGUACAGCUUGAUCUUACCGGUAUUUUCAUGCACGGUAAAAUCCCAACUUUGAAAAUCUCACUGAUCCAGAUCUUCCGUGCUCACUUGUGGCAGAAGAUCCACGAGUCAGUGGUUAUGGAUUUGUGUCAGGUGUUCGAUCAAGAGUUGGAUGCUUUGGAGAUCCAAACUGUACAGAAGGAAACUAUUCACCCCAGGAAAUCCUAUAAGAUGAAUAGUUCAUGUGCGGACAUUCAGUUGUUUGCACAAUAUAAGUGGAAUGUAUCGCGACCAUCAUUAAUGGCUGACAGCAAAGAUGUGAUGGACAGCACGACAACGCAGAAGUACUGGAUUGAUGUCCAACUUCGAUGGGGAGAUUAUGAUUCGCACGACAUUGAACGAUACGCUAGAGCAAAAUUCUUGGAUUACACUACGGACAACAUGUCUAUUUAUCCAUCACCAACCGGUCUUCUGAUUGCAAUGGACCUCGCUUAUAAUCUUUACAGCGCUUAUGGUAACUGGUUCCCCGGAAUGAAGCCGCUAAUCCGGCAGGCCAUGGCGAAAAUCAUCAAGGCUAACCCCGCCUUCUAUGUACUUCGAGAACGUAUCCGUAAGGGAUUGCAACUGUACAGUUCCGAACCAACAGAACCAUAUCUGACCAGUCAAAACUAUGGAGAACUGUUCUCCAAUCAAAUUAUCUGGUUCGUGGAUGACACUAACGUGUACCGUGUGACAAUCCAUAAAACAUUCGAGGGUAACUUGACCACGAAACCUAUUAACGGUGCGAUCUUCAUCUUCAAUCCCAGGACUGGACAACUGUUCCUUAAGAUUAUUCAUACAUCUGUGUGGGCUGGACAGAAACGUCUCAGUCAGUUGGCUAAAUGGAAGACCGCCGAAGAAGUGGCUGCUCUCAUUCGAUCCCUACCCGUUGAAGAACAGCCAAGGCAGAUUAUCGUAACCAGAAAGGCUAUGCUUGAUCCCUUGGAGGUCCAUCUUCUCGAUUUCCCUAACAUUGUCAUUAAAGGAUCCGAAUUGAUGUUGCCGUUCCAGGCCAUCAUGAAGGUGGAGAAAUUCGGAGACUUGAUCUUGAAAGCCACAGAGCCACAAAUGGUGUUAUUCAAUUUGUAUGACGAUUGGUUAAAGACAAUAUCAAGUUACACUGCAUUCUCUCGAGUCAUCCUGAUAAUGCGUGGUAUGCAUAUUAAUCCGGAUAAGACAAAGGUGAUCUUGAAACCAGACAAAACAACGAUAACAGAACCGCAUCAUAUUUGGCCUUCAUUGAUCGAUGAGGAGUGGAUAAAGGUUGAAUUAGCUCUGAAAGACAUGAUUCUGGCUGACUAUGGUAAAAAGAACAACGUAAACGUCGCUUCUCUUACUCAAUCUGAAGUGAGAGACAUCAUCCUCGGUAUGGAGAUCAGUGCACCAAGUCAACAACGUCAGCAAAUUGCUGACAUCGAGAAGCAAACUAAAGAGCAAAGCCAAGUGACUGCCACGACAACUCGUACGGUGAAUAAACAUGGUGAUGAGAUCAUCACAGCGACUACCUCCAAUUAUGAAGCGGCCACAUUCGCGAGUAGGACAGAAUGGAGAAUUAGGGCAAUUUCGGCAACUAAUCUGCAUUUGAGAACACAGCACAUCUAUGUGAGCUCUGAUGAUGUGAAAGAUACCGGAUUCACCUACAUCCUUCCUAAGAAUGUUCUUAAAAAGUUUAUCACCAUUUCGGAUUUGCGAACGCAGAUUGGAGGAUUUCUGUACGGAAUAUCGCCUUCCGAUAAUCCUCAAGUGAAAGAAAUCCGCUGCGUAGUGCUUGUGCCGCAAACGGGAAAUCAUCAGCAAGUUCAGUUCCCGACUCAUCUGCCGCAACAUGAAUUGUUGAAGGACUUGGAGCCGUUAGGAUGGAUGCACACACAACCAAACGAGUUGCCACAACUUUCACCACAGGAUGUAACAGCUCACGCAAAAAUUCUUUCCGAAAAUGCUAGUUGGGAUGGAGAGAAGACUGUGAUCAUUACAUGCAGUUUCACUCCUGGAUCUGUAUCCUUGACAGCGUAUAAACUGACUCCAUCAGGAUACGAGUGGGGAAGGUCGAAUACUGAUCGCGGAAACAAUCCCAAGGGGUAUAUGCCAACACAUUACGAAAAGGUUCAAAUGUUGCUGUCCGACAGAUUCCUUGGAUACUUCAUGGUUCCUAGUGCUGGUGUAUGGAAUUACAACUUCCAAGGUCAGCGAUGGUCGCAGUCGAUGAAGUAUGACGUAUGCUUGGCAAAUCCUAAGGAAUAUUACCAUGAGGAUCAUCGACCGGUGCAUUUCCACAACUUUAAGGCAUUUGACGAUCCACUAGGCAUUGCUAUGGCUGAUAGAGAAGACAGUUUCAACUAA